AUGGCCUCGAAACCGGUGAAGCUGGUUAUCAAACCUAGAGGACGCACAAUCAAGAAACUGCCCGACGAGACGACGACAUACCUGCAGGGCAGCACGGCAGACCUGUACCAGCGCAUUGCCGCAGAGUCUGGCAUUUCAGUGCACCGUCUCCGCCUGACAAAGGGCAGCGACGGCUCCCACGUCCCCAAUGCGAAGGACUUCACCGUCGAGCGCACCGGUCUGCGCAGCGACAGCGUCGUCUACGUGAAAGACCUGGGUCCGCAGAUCGCCUGGCGCACCGUCUUCAUCAUCGAAUACCUGGGUCCGCUGCUCAUCCACCCUCUCUUCUACUUCCUCCGCCCAUACUUGUACAAACAUGCUCCCGCCGAGCCCUCAUACCUGCAGUUCCUGUCCUGCGUCAUGUUGACCUUGCACUUUGCAAAGCGCGAGUUCGAGACUGUCUUUGUGCAUCGCUUCUCCAGUGCCACCAUGCCUGCCCGCAACAUCUUCAAGAACUCUGCCCACUACUGGGCUCUUGGUGGUGCCAACAUUGCCUACUGGAUCUACUCUCCUACCGCUCCUACCGCUGCUCCUUCGAACCCGUUGAUCACGUACCUUGCCAUUGCUCUGUUCGUGGUCGGCGAGCUUGGUAACCUCAACACGCACUACGUCUUGCGCAACUUGCGCAGCACUGGUGGUACCGAGCGUGGCAUCCCCCGUGGUCUAGGCUUCGACCUUGUGACAUGCCCCAACUACAUGUUCGAGGCACUUGCAUGGAUCGGUAUUUGGCUGGCAUCUUGGAGCUUGAGCACCGGGCUCUUCGUUGUUGUUGCAGUCGGCCAGAUGGCUCUAUGGGCAAAGAAGAAGGAACGCAGAUAUCGCAACGAGUUUGGCGACAAGUACCAGAAGAAGAGAUUUGCCAUGCUUCCCGGUCUGUUCUAA